AUGGGGAGCGACCCACAAAAGGUUGAUAUCAGUGGAGGACAUGUAAGUGGCAACGGGGUGCAAAUUAAUGCCCAUGUACGAGAAGGUGGUUUACAAAUUCCGAGCGUCUUCACCCCGAGAGACGCCGAGGAGGAAGCGGCACUCGCAUGUCGUGACGCGUUGUAUCUCACUGAUCCCGAAGUCGACCGCGAGAGCGUGAUUAGUGCGAAAGGUACGAGAGUCGCGGGUACGUGCGAGUGGAUCACGCAGAACGAGACCUACCGCACCUGGCUUAGGAGCGAUAGCGACAGAGACAAUGAUGGAGAUGGCAAUGGCGAUACGCGACUCCUGUGGAUCUCUGGCGGGCUCGGCAAGGGCAAGACGAUGAGAGAGUAG